AUGAAAGCUUUCUUGUCUAAUCAGAAAAUGAGCUUCCUUUUUCGUUCCAUCUGUUUCCUUUUUCUUGUUUCAAGUUUUCUAAACACGUUUGUUUCUUCUACACAACACUUGUGUCAUUCCGACCAAAGGGAUGCUCUUCUUGAGUUGAAGAGUGAGUUUUUGAUCCAGAAGCUUCGUUGGGACAUUUCAGAAGCUUGGUCAUCUUUUCCGAAAACAGAAUCAUGGGUGAAUAAAAGUGAUUGUUGUUCUUGGGAUGGUAUCACCUGUGCUGCUAAUUCGGGCAAAGUGAUCGGGCUAGACCUUAGUUUCAGCAACCUCCAUGGCCAGCUUAAAUCCAACAGUAGUCUUUUUAGAAUGCGUCAUCUCCGUGAUUUGAACCUUGCUUACAACAACUUCACUGGUUCGCCAAUCCCAGCUGAAUUUGACAAACUCAUGGGACUAGAAAGACUUAAUCUCUCCCAGUCUUCACUAUCAGGCCAAACUCCAAUCAAGCUUCUUCAGCUAACCAAGUUGGUGUCUCUCGAUCUUUCUUCUUCUUUUGAGUAUUCUGAUGAUUCUUCGUUUUUAUCCAUUGAUGAAUCCUUUCUUCAUCUACUUGCUCAAAAUUUGAGGAAUCUUAGAGAACUGGAUAUGAGCUAUGUAAACAUUUCUUCAGAAAUCCCCCAUGAGUUUUCAAACCUGCGAUCUCUAAGGUCACUACAUCUUUCUUACUGCAACCUAUCUGGAGAAUUUCCAAGUAGUGUUCUUCUGAUACCGAGCUUAGAGUCCAUUAGAUUAAGCUUCAAUCCAAAUCUUAGAGGCAAUCUUCCCAUGUUUCGUAAAAAUAACUCUUUAGUAGCGCUGUCCACUAAAAGCACAGGCUUUUCAGGCCCCAUACCCGACUCCAUUAGCAGCCUCAAACAUUUGACUUCUUUGACCCUUUCCUUCUCUAAGUUUUCAAGGAAGAUCCCGUUUUCACUUGGGAACCUUUCUCAUCUCUCUAUUCUCGAUCUUGGUGGGAAUAAUUUUGUUGGUGGCAAUCUAAAACAAUUGACUGUUUUUGCUGUUGAGAAUAACAAGCUCAAUGGAAAUUUGCCAGUUUCAAUACUCAAUUUUACCCAACUACGUACACUCGGGCUCUCUUCAAAUCAGUUCACAGGUUUCCUUCCACCAAACAUCAGCCAAUUCUCCAAAUUAGAGUCUUUUUUGGGUGGAGAUGAUUCUUUUACGGGAGACAUUCUUUCAUCCCUACUCAAGAUUCCCUCAUUGACUGACAUCCGUUUGAGUUAUAACAAAUUCAGCGAUUUUACUGGGAUUGGGAAUAUCUCUCUCUUCUUGCCUAAUUUACAAAGAAUUUCUAUUGAAAGUAGAAAUUUCAACAAAGUCAUCGGUCCAGGAGUUGACUUAAAUGUCUUCUCGCCUCUUAAGCAGCUUUACUGGUUAUUAUUCUUAGGCAUUCCUCUUUCAACAACAAACAUCACUUCUGAAUCGGAUUUUCUACCAAAUUUGGCAUAUUUGUUCUUGCCAGGCUGCAACAUCACUGAGUUCCCUGAGUUUAUAAGAAACGGAAGAAAGUUACGAAGGCUAGACCUUUCCAACAACAUAAUCAAAGGUCAAGUACCAGACUGGUUGUGGAGACUGCCAAAGUUGUUUGAGAGGGCAAAAUUCCUGCUUCUCUUGUUGAGUUCUUCAGGAAAUCAACUCAAUGGACCAAUUCCUGAUUCCAUUGGUUUGCUGAAGGAGCUUCGUAUUCUCAACUUGUCAAGCAAUGCUUUCACUGGCCACAUCCCAUCCUCCCAGAAUCUCCAAUAUUUUUUUGGUUCUAAGAAUAACUUCACCGGGGAGAUCCCUCGAUCAGUAUGUGGACUAAGCUCUCUAGCAGUUCUAGAUCUAUCAGACAACAACCUCAACGGCUCAAUUCCUUGGUGUUUAGAGACUCUGAUGAUGAGUUCUCUUUCAGAUCUAAAUCUCCGUAACAACAAACUCAGCGGCAUUCUUCCUGAAAUAUUUCAGAACGCCAAGAGCUUAAUAACACUUGACGUCAGUCAUAACCGAUUAGAGGGAAAAAUUCCGGCUUCUCUUGGUGGUUGCUCUGCCUUGGAAGUUUUAAACGUGGGAAGCAACACAUUUAACGACAUGUUUCCCUUCCACUUGAAUUCUUUGCAGAAGCUUCAAGUUCUCGUCCUCCGCUCUAACAAGUUUAAUGGCACAUUACAUAAUUCUGAUGGGGUUUGGUUUGGGUUUCCUCAGUUGAAAAUCAUUGAUGUAUCAUAUAAUGACUUCGUUGGUACUUUGCCAUUUGAUUACUUUUUGAACUGGACUGCAAUAUCCUCCAAGAGAGAUAAUAAUAUAGAACCAGAGUACAUUCGGAGUGGUUCAGGAAACUCCUACUAUUCACUUGUCUUGAUGAGUAAAGGAGUAGCAAUGGAGAUGGAACGUAUCCUUACAAUCUACACAUCCAUUGAUUUUUCAGGAAAUCAACUCCAUGGACCUAUUCCUGAUUCCGUUGGUCUAUUGACGGAGCUACUUAUUCUCAACUUGUCAAGCAAUGCUUUCACCGGCCACAUCCCAUCUACUUUGGCAAACUUGACGAAUCUUGAGUCACUCGACCUAUCCCAAAACAAGAUUUCUGGUGAGAUUCCUUCUGAGCUUGGGGCACUCUCUUAUCUCGAAGUGAUAAACAUUUCACAUAACCAGCUUGUAGGUUCCAUACCACAAGGCACACAAUUUCAACGACAAAAUUGCUCCUCCUAUGAAGGAAACCCCGGACUUAAUGGGCCUUCCCUUAAGGAUGUUUGCAGUCAUAUCAAAACGCCAACACCACCACAACCCGAACUGGUGGCGACAAAAGAAGAAGAAGAAUCAUUCAGUUGGAUGGCAGCAGGUUUAGGCUUUGCACCUGGAGUUGUAUUUGGGCUGGUGAUGGGAUACAUAGCAGUUUCAUACAAGCAUGAGUGGUUCAUGAAGAGAUUUGGCCGAAACAAGCAACAAAGCAUCAGAACUCGUUAAGUCACUCAUCGAUGCAUUCUCUCUUCCUUAUCGCAUUGUUGUUAUGUUCAUUAAAAUUUUGUUGUAUUUCAAGUGUUAAGCGUGAGCUGAAUCAAGUUUUGUAUAAUAUGUUUUGAACUAUUAUUAAACCAAA